UGAGGCCAUUCCCAUGCACCAAGCAAAUCAUGCGUGGGGUAGUUACACCGUCCCCGCCACCAUGGUCACCAGACAGACAAAGAUGGGCAUCAUAUGACGCGGCCUCGCCGCGAUGGGGCCAAGGACAUGACGAACUUUAGCGGCCGUCAGGACGAACCGCUGCGGGAGCCACUCCUGCUGCGGGAGCUGGCCCAGCCGGGCCGAUUGAGCCGCCACAUGACGACUCACCUUGUCGACCAUCUGAUGAAUGAAUGAAGCACACGAGAGCAACACCGAUCAAACGUAUGUCUGUUGUGGGCUCCUUGACAGUCUGCUCACACCUGUGGUAGUGGCCUGCACACCAGACAAGCAACAAGCAAACGAACGCCCGAUGAGUGGCUACCUUCCCCUGUAACCUUCCCCUGAUUCAUGGCAAACACUUCUACAGGCGACAGCAGCUGCUGAACCCCGCGGCGCAUCCAUCACGUCACCCAGCUGCACCAUGGUAAGUAUGUAGCAAGACGACACAAACACACAAACACCCUCUUCUCUUACCAUAGUGGCUCUGGCAGCCUUAAGGCUUCGACAGGCUCUGAAACGCCCUUUUUUGUCAUUGCAGUCGCGCCUUGCGGUCCUGUCCGGAGAUGAUGGGGCCUUGUGAGUGGGGAUGCUGAUCACUGCCGCAUCGCGGGCGGACUGAUUGCGGUGCAUCCAGCUGCAGCUGCUUCAUGGCCAGGGGCUCGAUAGAGGCGCUCGUGUGAGGAG